GCAGAUAGUGGAACAUUUAAAACAGUCGAGCUAAGUUUGCCUCCUCGCUCCGCACCGGCUGCAGAAGUGUACCGUCCAGUUUGCACCGGGACUUGUGCACGGACUUUAUAACGUGAACUUGGCAAAAUGAGACUUCAGCGCGUGCUUUUGUUUUUAGCUUUAUCUGUCUGCCCACUUUUCUCUCUGACUAACUGUGAAGAGCAGCGAGUCCCCGAAGAGAAACUUCUCAUCGUGACAGUUGCAACCCAAGACACUGAAGGCUUCAAGCGUUUCUUGGUGUCGGCUAAACAUUUUAACUACACUGUCAAGGUUCUUGGUCGGCGUGAAAAAUGGAGAGCAGGCGACUACAUGUCGGCUACAGGAGGGGGCCAGAAGGUACGACUGCUGAAAGAGGCUCUGCAGGAAAUGAAGAAUGAAGACACAAUCAUCCUUUUUACUGACAGCUACGACGUGGUCUUCUCCUCGGGUCCCAAAGAGCUGCUCAAGAAGUUCCAGCAGGCCAAACACAAGGUGGUGUUCUCCUCCGAGAGCCUGAUCUGGCCCGACAGACACCUGGAGGACAAACACCCCCACGUCACCGAGGGCAACCGGUUCCUAGGCUCAGGAGGUUUCAUUGGCUACCUUCCUAGCAUCAGAGAGAUGGCUGCUGACUGGAAGGGAGAGGACAGUGACAGUGACCAGCUGUUCUUCACCAACAUCUACAUCGAUCCUGUGAAAAGGAAAUCCAUAAAUAUCACAGUGGACAACAAAUGCAGAAUGUUCCAGAACCUCCAUGGAGCCCUCGAUGAGGUGGUGCUGAAGUUUGAGGAUGGACGUGUACGUGCCAGGAAUGUUCUGUAUGACACCCUGCCUGUGGUCGUCCAUGGGAACGGACCAACCAAGCUCCAGAUCAACUACCUGGGGAACUACAUCCCCAACAUAUGGACGUUUGAGACAGGAUGCACAGCGUGUAAUGAGGGGCUCCUCCCACUGGAAGAUCUUCAGGAGAGCGAGUACCCACUGGUGCUUAUCGGCAUCUUCAUUCAGAAGCCCACCCCUUUUGUUACGGUGUUCUUUGAACGCCUCCUGAAGCUCCAGUACCCCAAGAACAGACUGAAACUCUUCAUCCACAACCAGGAAGCUCAUCAUGAGAGUCAGGUCAGCCUUUUCCUGAAGGAUCAUGGGAGCCUUUAUCAGGAUGUCAGGGUGAGCGGGCCUGAGGAGGAGAUGGACACUGCUGCCUCCCGCAACCUGGCCAUCGAUGUGUGCCGGAAAGACGAGGGCUGUGACUAUUUCUUCACCUUGGACAUUGAAGUGGUCUUAAAGAACAAAAACACACUCAAAAUUCUCAUUGAACAAAACCUUCCCUUUGUGGCCCCGAUGAUAACUCGCGCUGGCCGACUGUGGAGCAACUUCUGGGGGGCCCUCAGUGCAGAAGGCUACUACGCCAGGUCUGAGGACUACGUGGACAUAGUGCAAGGACGCAGAGUGGGUGUGUGGAAUGUCCCGUAUGUGUCCAGUGUGUACCUGGUGAAGGCCAGUCUGCUCCGGUCUGAGCUCACUGAGUUCGAUCUGUUCAACUCAGACAUCUUAGACCCCGACAUGGCCUUCUGCCACAACAUCCGCAAGCAGGGAGUCUUCAUGUUUGUGACCAACAUGCAGACUUUUGGUCGCAUCGUGUCAACAGAGACCUACCAGACCAGCCAUCUCCAUAACGACCUGUGGCAGAUCUUUGAAAACCCAGUGGACUGGCAGGAGCGCUACAUCCAUGAGAACUACACCUACAUCAUGAGAGACAAGCUGAUCGAGACUCCCUGUCCCGAUGUGUACUGGUUCCCUAUUUUCUCCGAUGUCGCCUGUGAUCACAUUGUUGAAGAAAUGGAGCAUUUUGGGAAGUGGUCAGGAGGAGGCAAUACGGACGUCAGAAUCCAGGGCGGCUAUGAGAACGUGCCGACGAUAGAUAUCCACAUGAACCAAAUCAACUUUGAAAAGGAGUGGCACAAAUUACUGCUGGAGUACAUCGCACCGAUCACAGAGAAGAUGUAUCCUGGGUACUACACCAAGUGCGCCACCCCUCUGAACUUCGUGGUGAGGUACAAACCUGAUGAGCAGCCGCUGCUUGCGCCUCACCACGACGCCUCCACGUUCACUGUUAACAUAGCUCUGAACAGCAAGGAAGUAGACUACCAGGGUGGAGGCUGCCGGUUCCUCCGCUACGACUGCUCCAUCGAGGCCACUCGUAAAGGCUGGACCCUUUUGCACCCGGGCCGCCUCACGCACUACCACGAAGGCCUGCCCACCACUUGGGGGGUGCGCUACAUCGCUGUGUCCUUUGUAGACCCCUGAACACAUCACCGGCUCUAAAGCCAACAGGACACUCUGCUGACCGCAUCCGAACGCAUCACGACUCUCCACACCUUCGCUCUUCUCUUUCGCUUGUUCUCAUGUUAAAAAUAAUGUUGUUUCUCUGUCACUCCAAGACUCUCAUACAAUGAGCUAUUAGCCACAGCAUCAGCGCUCUGUGAUGAAAACACAGCUGCAUAAUGAACCAGAGCAUGUUAGCGCCACAUCAGAGGAGAACUGGCUCCACAGUAACACUUCACCAAAGCUUCUCAGAUGUAAUAUUAGCAGGAGUGAUGUCACAGCAGCAGAACCUGCACGGGGUCAGCGAGGCAUCGGGGGGCCGGCUCCCCAGGUGGAAGCUUUAAAAAUAGACAUUUAUGGUCAUUUAAAGUGCUUACAUUUCUAUGUCUCCCGCAAUUGUGUCAACACUCCACCUGCCUUGAGAAACUGCCUUGUUAUGGUGUUUUGGGUCCUUGAAUUUAAGGGAAUUGGAGCCUGGAAAUUCCUGGAAUGAGAUGUUGAAAAAUGUGAAAGAAAGGAUGAUAAAAUAUAGUCCUCUUGUGAGUUAGUAAACAGUGAUCUUACAGCGUCGUGUAGCCUGCUGUAGGGUACAUGAUCCAGGAUAGUCACUGAGUUUAGUAUCAUCAUUCACCUGAAAAUGAGAUUACAUGUGAUUUAUAAAAUGUUAAACCAAAGACAGCUAAGAAUUAACAAUGUUCAGCCAGAUGUUAUCAGGAAGUAGCUCCUAUGCUAACAUGCAGCGGGAACACCUGAUCAGAAACGUCUCGCACUCCAACCUCUCACCUCAUCUCACCAGCUUUAUUCUCCUAAGUAGACGUGUGUUACUUUAGUCCCAGUUCUGAACUCGUGUGUGUGUGUGUGUGUGUUAGAAGCUACUGUUGUAGUGUGUUUGUUCAGACCCCAUCACAUGGACUCCUCAGGAAACCACCAGCUCCAAUUCUUUACCAACGCUUGUGGAAAAUAUUGUUACAUUUACACUAACUGUCCCAUUCUGUGUUGCUAAAGUAGUUCUUUAUUAACUUUUUCAACAGAGACACUUCCAAAUCCUGCUAAGGCUCUCUUAUUUAUUUUGUGUAUAUAUUAUUUGAUAAAGGCCACACUCCCUAAAUUGUUUUGCAAUAUAACUGCAUUUUGGGAGAGAUACUGAAGUCCUUCUCUGGUGCACUCACUGAUAUCAGCUGAGUUAAAGUGUUACAUCUCUCUCUGCUUCUUCUCUGCUCCCUGUCUGGAGGUGAAUGCUGGAGCAGGAGCACCUGACGCUCUCCCUCCUGAACAGGAGCUGCCGGGCGUCUAAAGGAGGCGUUCCCUGGCAGAGCUUGCAUGACUCCUCUCUGGACUCCUCUCUGGACUCCUCUCUGGACUCCUCUCUGUCUGUGUCUUUCAGGCUCAGUUUGAGUCGGCCUUUGUAGUUAGAUAUAAGCCAGCCUACAGAACAGUACAGCUCACAGAGAAGAGACAACAUCUGAUCCUUUACAACAGACACUGUAUGAUCUUUUUAGGUUUUUAUCAGCAUUGUAAUACCCAAUUUGAAGAAAUGUAACAGUAAUCUGAUUAGGUUUUAUUUGAUGUACCUGUAAGAGAUUACAGUUACCUUUUGAAUUAGUAUAAAUGUCAUUUCUUGUUACCAGCCAUCACUGAGCUAAGACAACAACUUGAAUAAAUCUGUGAACCAAAC